ACAAACUAACAGUUUCUCAGUUCUAGACAGGCAAGAGAAAAAUAAAAAAUAAUGGAGAGAAAUGCAAGCUCAAGAGCUUUACUCUCAAAAAUCAAAGAUUUGACUGCAUCAUUAGUGAAAGAAAUAAGCGAGGGAAAAUCUCCUAGCGUUUGCAUCCACAAAUUUAGAAACUACUGCACCGAUCCCAAUUCUAACUGCUUGUGCAGCUCUGAUUUGCCAAAGGGGCAACAAGUUCUCACACUUACGAGACAAUGUCAUGCAUAUAGAAUAGAUGUCUUGCUGAGAGUGCUGGUGAUUGUUCAGAAACUUCUGCAAGAGAACCGACAUGGGUCUAAGAGAGAUAUAUAUUACAUGCACCCAUCUGUGUUUUCCGAACAGUCUGUUGUGGACCGCGCAAUUAAUGACAUAUGCAUCCUUCUGCAAUGCAGUCGUCACAACCUAAAUGUGGUCUCUGUUGGAAACGGGUUGGUAAUGGGAUGGUUACAGUUCUUGGAAGCUGGGAGGAAAUUUGAUUGCAUAAGUUGCCCUACCACUGCCUAUACCAUCCCUGUGCACGUUGAAGAAGUCAAAGAUAUUGUCAGUGUUGCCAAAUACAUACUCAUUGUGGAGAAGGAAUCAGUAUUCCAGCGUUUAGCAAAUGAUAAGUUCUGUAACGCAAACCGUUGUAUUGUGAUCACUGGAAGAGGGUAUCCAGAUAUUCCCACCAGAAGGUUCCUGCGGCUACUUGUUGAGAAGCUGUGUCUGCCUGUCUACUGUUUAGUAGAUUGUGAUCCAUAUGGCUUUGACAUCCUGACUACCUAUCGAUUUGGUUCCAUGCAAAUGGCAUACGAUGCAAAAAUUUUGCGUGUCCCGGAGGUACAAUGGCUUGGAGCUUUUCCUUCUGAUUUUGAGAAAUAUAAUCUUCCGCAACAGUGUUUGCUCCCAUUGACAGCAGAGGACAAGAGAAGAACCGAGACUAUGUUACUCAGAUGCUACCUUCAAAAGGAAGUGCCGGAAUGGAGGUUGGAGCUAGAGCUCAUGUUGCAGAAGGGAGUAAAAUUCGAGAUCGAAGCUUUUUCUGUGCACACCCUUUCCUUCUUGUCAGAGCAGUACAUACCAUCAAAGAUUCCGAAAGUUGAAGUGCUCCCUGGAAACAACUUCAAGAGUUGAGCUACUUGAUUGGAAAAGGUUUUUUUUUUUUUUUUUGAUAGUUGAGAGUUGAAAUCCUCGAUUGAAAAUGAAAUGAAAUUAAAAUACUUAAUUGAAAAGGAUUAAGUUCAUAUA